AUGGAAUCAAAUGAUGGGUUUGUACCCAUUUUGGCUAUUUUUUAUGCGGUAUUCCAUCCAACAGAGGGUACCAAAAUAGUUCAUCAAGUACCCGAGGGCUCAAUUUCUUCCAACAGUUCAUCAUCUACUUUCAGCACUAAUCCGUUAUUCAAUUUUGAUACGGUGAAGAAUUAUGUGAUUCCUAAACCACAAUUAUGUGAUCGACUUAUAACGUUCAAAAUCGAUAGAUAUCGAGUAUUAGGUUAUCCGGUUAAUAUUCAAAAUUCAGACUAUUCUAGAAACUCCUUCAAUUUCAAUUUUUGCUUCGUAUUCCCCUACGAUUGUGAUACUACUCCAUAUGAGUUAUGCAUAAGAAGAACCGGGAAGAUGUUCAGAGUGCUAGAGGAGCAAAGCUUCAUGUUGUCUAAAUUGGACAAAAAAUUGGUAUAUUUCAAAGAAAUGCGAUUACCACUGAGUGUGCAGGAGGGAACUAAGGACUAUAGCCAACAAGCAGCUGGAACUGCUACAUCUGGUGAAGGUAGUGGUAACGGGGAGUCCCUGGGUGUAGGAAGCGGAGUGAUUGAUGACAUAAGAGGUAUGAAUGGAAUUGAAGAAUUAGGAAUUGCCUCUAUGCUUGAUACCGAGCUAGAUCUAAAUUUCAUAAAUACUCCUGGUCAUACGAAGACGAAGAAGAUUUCUCUUUCAUCGAUCGAAUCGUUGAUCCAGCAGAUAUUCCAAGAUUUAAACAAUUAUUCUGAAUGCUGUAUCCCAUUGGACAGUGCCAACAGUGUAGAUAUCAAAUUAUUCCCCAUAUUACCACCACCUAUUAAUAUUAAGGCUUUCCAAGUGCCAUUAGCAACAGUAAACUUGGAACAGUUGGUUGAUGUUAACUGGGACCCCACCAUGCUCAAGAUUUUACCAUUCAUAAAUGGACUCAACUCAAUAAGGAAAAUAAGUCAAUUGGCAGAUUCAGAUUAUAUGUUGACAAAGCAAUGUAUUCAGCAUUUGAUGCACUACAAGUGUAUUGAAAUCAUAGAUAUUUUCCAAUUUAGUAAUAUUUAUGCUCCUACAAAUCAUAUUGGUAAUUUUUUGAGAUUGAAAAGAUUGGCAGCUGAAUGCCAGGCAUACGUUAUUACCGAUUCAGACCAAUUAAGUAGAUUGCCGUUGGAUUUUCAACUCAAUAGCGGAACCAGCACAGCAGGAGGCGGAGGAACUACUAGUAACAGUGUAAAGGGAAACACACCAUCAGGAAAUUCGCCUUCAUCUUCCAAAAUGGGUUUGUCGGUUUCACCAUUGACAAGAAGCUCAUACUUUCAACCCUCCAACAGUGCAGGAAAAAGGACCUUAGGUGGAGAACCUGGAACUCCGAAAACACCCCAAAAGUCAAUUACUGUGCCUAGCAAGGCCAAUCUUUUUUACCUAUACCGUUCUUUGAACCAGGGCCAGACCAUCAAGGAAUGGUAUACACAGCACCGUAAACUUUUAAACAACAUUGAUAUUAGAAGAUUCAUCAAUUUUGGUGUGCUACAUGGACUUAUAUAUAGGGUGCACUCGUACCCCAUUUUGAACAAGUCCAUAGAGUCGUCUUCAGAUGAGUUGAAUGAGCUAAUGAAAAAUUUGAGGACCGACAGAGUUGCUUCAGUCCUGUCUUACGCCACCUCUGACGGAGGCUCUAAUAUUACAGGUAAAUAUGUGAAAAAUUCAGUGAACGAGGCCAAUUUGAAGACGGGGAAAUCCAGUAGAAAGGUCAGCUUCAAUUAUAACGUUGAGAAAUCCAAUAGAAACUUGCUAAAGGAUAUAAUAGAGAGUGAUAACAGUGACGAUGAUAACGAGAAUGCAUUUUCUGAGCUGGAUGAUGAAGAUUUAUCCACCAUUAAUGGACAGCCCAUUGGAAGUUCGGUGAAUGAGAUGGAACAAUCUGACUUACAUAGAGAAUAUCUUAUCUUAUUGAAGCUACUUAGGGGUUAUCAGCACCUUGAUUCCAUAUGUACCGAGUUGCAAAAACCAAGAAGUGAAGUUCAAGUUAUGCUAGAGAAUUUGGGAUCUUUCAGUAUAAUCAACAGUUAG